AUGAAUGGGUGUAAACCAGUAGACAUCCUUGUGGAGUAUAAUACAAAAUUGAGCAAUAUUAACAGUGGAGCUCCUGUUAGUAAAGAGAGAUAUCAGCGAUUAGUCGGGAAGUUGAUAUAUUUAUCUCACACAAGACUUGAUAUAUCAUAUGCAGUGAGUGUUUUCAGUCAGUUCAUGCAAGCUCCCUACGAGGAACAUAUGAUAGCCGUUGAGCGCAUUCUACGAUAUCUGAAGGGCACUCCUGGUAAGAGCCUACUGUUCAGGAAGUCAAGUAAAUGUUGCAUAGAAGCAUAUACUGAUUCAGACUGGGUUGGGUCUGCUGUUGAUAAAAAGUCAAUGUCUAGGUAUUGCACUUUUGUCUGCGGCAAUCUGGUCACUUGGAGAAGUAAAAAACAGGGAGUGGUUGCCAAAAGUAGUGCAGAAGCCGAGUAUAGAGCCAUGAGUUUGGGGAUAUAUGAAGAAAUCUGGUUGAAGAAAGUAUUGACAGAUCUUCGUCAAGAUAGUGAGCUUCCGAUGAAAUUAUUCUAUGACAAUAAAGCAACAAUAAGUAUUGCAAACAAUCUGGUCUAG